GAGCGGCGGGCGCUGGGUGAGCUGCGGGGACGCGUCCUUGCGUAACGGGAGGACUCAGGAGGCCGGGGCAGCGCGAGAGUGAGCGAAAAGUAGCUGUAGAGGGGGAGGGAGCGGGUGCUACCGCCUCUCUCCAGAGCAGUGGCGGCUGCACCGGCAGCAUCAUCACUUGGCGCUGCGGAGGGGGGCGGGCCGUGCGCGGGGCCUUGCGUUGCCUCUGAUGCAGUUCUGUCCUGGGCGCUGGUUGGCGGUUUAAAGCACUGGAGCUGUCGUCGCGAAGGGGGUUCAGAGCACCAAGGAUUGUUGUUGCGUGUUGUCCUCAGUCUCCCAAGGAGGAGACAUGGAGGGGAAACAGUCCGGCUCUGCGGAGCAGAAGACGGUUACUGAGCUUAAGGCCGUGAGUGAGGAGCCGUACUUGGAGGACAAGGAUGCGGCAGCAGGCGGUGCAGAACCGGCCGUGGCAGUCGAUGAUGUGCUGAGUAGACCGCUGGGUCCCACGCCGAGCCAGAGCCGCUUUCAGGUCGACCUGGUCACCGAGGGCUUCGGCCGUCCAGCAGAAGCGGCCGAAAAGGCGGGCAGGGAAGUCAGCAUGCUGGGGAAGAGCAGUGAGGAAGCCAAGGGCAGGUUUCGGGUGAACUUCGUGGACCCGUCAGCCGGCGAUGAGACCUCAGGGGAGUCUGGCGGUGGCAGUUCGGAGGGCGGCAACGUCAGCUUGCAAAACGGCGGCGACGCAAUGCUGAACGAGGGCAGCCUCCACUCGGGGGGGCGGCACCAUCACCACCACUACUACUACGAUACUCACACUAGCACCUACUAUCUGCGCACCUUCGGCCACAACACCAUGGACGCUGUGCCCCGGAUAGACCACUACCGCCACACGGCUGCCGACCUGGGAGAGAAGCUCAUCCGGCCUAGUCUGGCCGAGCUGCAUGAUGAGCUGGACAAGGAGCCCUUUGAAGAAGGCUAUGCAAAUAGAGAGGAAGGAAUGCCAACUGGGGAAGCAGUUGCCACUUAUAUACCAGAUAGCAAAGGAAUAGUCAAGUUUGGCUGGAUAAAAGGUGUAUUGGUACGAUGCAUGUUAAAUAUUUGGGGUGUGAUGCUCUUCAUCAGACUUUCGUGGAUUGUAGGACAAGCUGGGAUAGGUCUGUCUGUUGUAGUUAUUGCAGUGGCCGCUGUUGUGACAACUUUUACAGGACUGUCUACUUCAGCAAUAGCUACAAAUGGGUUUGUAAGAGGAGGAGGAGCAUAUUACUUAAUUUCCAGAAGUUUGGGACCAGAAUUUGGUGGUGCCAUAGGUCUAAUUUUUGCAUUUGCCAAUGCUGUUGCAGUAGCAAUGUAUGUUGUUGGUUUUGCAGAGACAGUUGUGGAGCUGCUCAAGGAAAAUGGAACAAUGAUGGUCGAUGAAAUGAAUGACAUCAGAAUCAUAGGAACUAUCACAGUAGUUCUAUUGCUGGGUAUUUCCAUUGCAGGAAUGGAAUGGGAAGCCAAAGCACAGAUAGUUUUAUUGGUGAUCCUCAUACUUGCUAUUGGAGACUUUGUCAUAGGGACAUUUAUUCCUUUGGACAAUAAGAAGCCUAAAGGUUUCUUUGGUUAUAAAGCUGAAAUAUUUAUGGAGAACUUUGGACCAGAUUUUCGAAAUGAGGAAACUUUCUUUUCUGUAUUUGCUAUUUUCUUCCCUGCUGCAACUGGCAUACUUGCUGGCGCAAAUAUCUCAGGUGAUCUUGCGGAUCCUCAGUCAGCCAUACCUAAAGGAACGCUGUUGGCCAUCUUAAUUACUACUUUGGUUUACAUAGGAAUUGCAGUAUCUGUAGGUUCCUGUGUUGUUCGAGAUGCUACAGGGAACAUUAAUAACACCAUUAUCACCGAGCUGACAAAUUGUACUACUGCAGCUUGCAAAUUAAACUAUGAUUUCUCAUCCUGUCAGACAGGGUGUCAGUAUGGGCUGAUGAACAAUUUCCAGGUGAUGAGCAUGGUAUCAGGAUUUGCACCAUUAAUUUCUGCAGGUAUUUUUUCAGCCACCCUUUCUUCUGCAUUAGCAUCCUUUGUGAGUGCACCUAAGAUUUUCCAAGCUUUGUGCAAGGACAACAUUUAUCCAGGAUUUCUGAUGUUUGCUAAAGGCUAUGGGAAGAACAAUGAACCGCUGAGAGGAUAUCUUCUAACAUUCUUAAUUGCUCUUGGAUUCAUAUUAAUUGCUGAACUGAACAUCAUUGCUCCAAUUAUCUCUAAUUUCUUCUUGGCUUCAUAUGCCUUGAUUAACUUCUCCGUAUUCCACGCUUCUCUAGCAAAAUCUCCAGGUUGGCGUCCUGCUUUCAAAUACUACAAUAUGUGGAUUUCUCUUGUUGGAGCUAUUCUGUGCUGCAUUGUAAUGUUUGUCAUUAAUUGGUGGGCAGCACUUCUAACAUAUGUCAUAGUCCUUGGACUCUAUAUUUAUGUCACUUACAAGAAACCAGAUGUGAAUUGGGGAUCCUCAACACAAGCUUUGACUUACUUGAAUGCACUACAGCAUUCUAUUCGUCUCUCAGGAGUGGAAGAUCAUGUGAAAAACUUCAGACCUCAGUGCUUAAUUAUGACAGGUGCUCCAAACUCACGUCCAGCUUUGCUUCACCUUGUCCAUGCUUUCACCAAAAAUGUGGGCUUGAUGAUCUGUGGCCAUGUACAUAUGGGUUCUCAGAGGCAAGCAGUGAAGGAACGGUUAAGUGAUCUGGCCAAAUAUCAGCAAUGGCUUAUUAAAAACAAGAUGAAGGCCUUCUAUGCACCAGUGCAUGCGGAGGAUUUGAGGGAUGGAGGACAGUAUUUAAUGCAGGCUGCUGGUCUGGGUAGAAUGAGACCUAACACCCUUGUUCUUGGAUUUAAGAGAAACUGGAGACAAGCUGACAUUAGAGAUGUUGAGACCUAUAUAAAUUUACUCCAUGAUGCCUUUGACAUCCAGUAUGGUGUAGUUGUCAUCCGCCUAAAAGAGGGCUUGGACAUAUCUCACCUUCAGGGACAAGAAGAGAUAUUGUCAUUCCAAGAAAAAUCUCCAUGUUCCAAGGAUGUCAUAGUAAAAGUGGAUUAUAGCAAGAAGGCCGAGACAGAUGCUUUUUCUAUAGCUUUUGUUCUGUCAUCCAGUGAAAAAACUCCUGUUCUACAUAAAGAGGAUGAGGAGGAUGGAAAGACUCCAACGCAAUCGCUGUUGAAAAAAGGCUCAAAGGGCCCAUCUUCUCCUUUAAAUUUGGCUGACCAAAGACUUCUUGAUGCUACUACCCAGUUUCAGAAGAAACAAAGCAAAAGCAAUAUUGAUGUCUGGUGGCUCUUUGAUGAUGGAGGUUUGACACUGUUGAUUCCUUACCUUCUUACAAGCAAGAAAAAGUGGAAAGAUUGUAAGAUCAGAGUGUUCAUUGGUGGAAAAAUAAACAGGAUUGAUCGUGACAGAAGAGCGAUGGCUACUUUGCUCAGCAAAUUUCGGAUAGAUUUCUCAGACAUCAUGGUCCUUGGAGAUAUUAAUAUGAAGCCAAAGAUAGAAAAUAUUACAGCUUUUGAAGAAAUGAUAGAGCCAUUCAGACUUCAUGAAGAUGAUAAAGAACAAGAAAUUGCAGAUAAAAUGAAGGAGAGUGAACCUUGGAGGAUAACAGAUAAUGAACUUGAACUUCACAAAACAAAGACUUAUCGUCAGAUUAGGCUAAAUGAGUUGCUGAAAGAACAUUCAAGUACAGCUAACAUAAUUGUUAUGAGUUUGCCAGUUGCAAGAAAAGGUGCAGUUUCUAGUGCACUAUACAUGGCCUGGUUAGAAGCUCUUUCUAAAGAUCUGCCACCAAUUUUCCUUGUUCGUGGGAAUCAUCAGAGUGUUCUUACCUUCUAUUCUUAAGAGUACUGCACAUGGGACAGCUAUGACAAAAUGGUAUUUCAGUGCCCAGAGGAAAGCGACUGAGAUGGUCAAUAGAUUAUUAACAUCAUAGAGGCAAAAAGUAACUCUCACUAUUUCACUGAUUUGAACCCAGACAAGGAAAGUCACUGUAUUUAUAAAGUUGUGACAUCUUCAGUUUUAUUCUAUAUUUUCUCUAAAUUAAUCUUGCUUAUUGGGGGAGGAUACCUUGUUAGACUGAGGAACAAAACAAGCUUUUUCUUUGUGAUUUGAAUAGCAGCAAUAAAAGUGAUUUCUUUUGGAAAGGAUUAUAAAUUUAUGAAAGCCUUUUAGCCUUGAGGUGCCUUCUGAAAUUAACCAAAUCUCAUCCACAUAUUCUAUUUUUUAAUUUUAUAUAGAAUGUCAAAAUCUGCCUUCAACUAAGUUUAGAUUAGACUUCCUUUAGGUUGUAGUAUCUUCUAUAUUAAAAUAAAAAUGAAUGCUGCUUUUCAGUCUUCCGUUGAGCUAUUAGUUCUUAGUACUGUAUGUGUUCUAUUGUUCAGAAAGUUUGUGGGCCUUUUUUUUGUUGUUAUCCAUUAGAUUUAAAAUAAAGGUGAGGAUUGGGGCAGGUCAGUUGGAAUAAGACAUGCCUGAUGUUAUUGUCAAGACUUUGUACUACUAAAUUUUGUAACAGUUAAAAUACAACUAAUUGUACUAGCUGAUAGGAUCUUUUUCAAAAAUUUGACAUUGUGUACUACUUUGGCAUUAGUUUGAGAUACACGGAUAACAUUAGCUACCUUUGGUGAAGGGUAGUGUGUCAGUCUUCAGUCUGUAGUUCUAAUAUGAAACUGAAUUAAUGUUAUAGGCUGAGGCUGUUUUUCUCAUUAAAAACAGAAAGAAGAGAAAAAGGCCUGUCCUAGUUCUUGGCCUUUUACUUUUUGAUGUCACUUGCAGUUUAUUUUGAAACAAAACUGAACUUAAGGCCUGAAUAAGGGUAAUGUGAGCAAUAUGAUGUCAUCUAACAGAAAACAGUAAACAAUAUGUAGAAUCUUGCUAGGUCAUGCAAUAUGAAAUGUAAAAGGUAAAAUUCUCUUGCAUUUUUUCAACAAACUGUUAAAAGGGCCACCAGUUAAUAAGGGAGAUGUUUUUAGGUCAGUUCAUUCAGUUGUCAGAAAUUAUAUUUAGUCUUAUUAAAUAAUACUCAGGUUUGAUUAUCUAGCAAUUUAGAUUUAUUCCAUACAUCCUACUUUAUAGGUUUUCUAUGUUUAAUAAAGAAACUGCCAAUUUUGUGUCCUUUCAUUGUAUGUUUUGACACCUUCAUAGAAUCAUAGAAUAGUUUGGGUUGGAAGGGACCUUUAAAGGUCAUCUAGUCCAAACCCCCUGCAAUGAGCAGGGACAUCUUCAACUAGAUCAGGUUGCUCAGAGCCCAGUCCAACCUGACCUUGAAUGUUUCCAGGGAUGGGGCAUCUACCACCUCUCUGGGCAACCUGAUAAUUUAGUCUACUAUGAACACCUACACAAGAAGUUUUAUUUGAGCCUUUAUACAAAGAUUAAUAAUGUGAAAUGUUUUUUAAAUUCACAUAUUUUGGAUAGAAAGUAUUGCCUAAAAAAAUUUCACAACCUUUUGAUAUUAGUAUUGGACAUGUUGCUGGAUCAGUUUAACAGUGCUUCAGUGACUUUCAUUUAAGGAUGCACAGAAAAGGUGUAUUUUUAUGCUAAAUACAAGAUCAAAUUGAACUGUAACAGUUCCUUUUGAAGGACAAAGCAAUUAGUCAUUGUGUGGCAAGGUAUAGCUUCAAAUCAUUAUGAUUCAAGAUUAAAAUAUUUUACACAGUGCAAUAGACACUAGUUAGGUUGUUGGUAAACUGCAUUUUUUAGAUAAAUACAUAAUUUGGUUUACCUCUGAAUAUAAUGAAAGACUGACUAACGCCUCUUCCCCUCAAACUGGUAGCCCAUUGGGAUACAAGGAAAUAUAUUGGGAAAAUAAAUUUCAGACCUUUGAUGUCAAAGGCACUAGUAAGCAAGGGAAAUUUGGCCUUAACUUCAUUAUCGUACAUUAAGCUAUGAUAAGAAACUAGUUGAAGCAUUUAAGAAAUGGCAAGUUGUCUUCUCGUAUAAAAUGAUACUUGAGAACUUCUUACAUCAAUUUUGGGAUUUCCUAGUAUGGCUGGAUGAGAGAGAAUUUUUAUUUGAAAAUUAACCCCUGAUAACUUUAGAACUCAUCUAUGUCCUUAACUUAAUAAAUACUUCUCAAAUAAGUGUUUCCAUGUAUUUACAUUUAGAAUUUGACAAAGUGAGAUUUGGAGGCUAAUGGAAAGGGAACACUUUUUAAAAGCACACUGCAAAUUUCUAUGUCUUUGGCUUUUAUCUGGUUUUUGUGUGUAAAGGGCUAGGAAGAGGUAUGUAAUGUUUUUUCUAGAUCCUUAUAUUUGCUGGAGAACCUGUUGAUCUAAAUAGUCAUACAGUUCCAUUAGCUUAAUUCACAAAUAAUUUAUUUCCCUUCACAUACACUUUCCAAGCUAAAAAAAUGGAAACUGAAUGAAGAUUAUUGUUAUCAUUUUAAAUUGUCAAGGGUUUGUCAAAUUUAAUUUUUUUUAUUUGCCACCCCCAUCUCAAAGAGCCCCUGACAGCCCUCUGCCCAGCCAGAUCAGGUGCAGGCCACUAAUACCCCACACACUGACACUACCCCUCACAGCAGCCCCAUGCUCCUGUUGGCUGCAGGCAUCUCAUACUCUCAUUAGCUACUGUGGAGAGGUAGUUCUGUCAUGUCCUGUGGCUGUUAAACUGUUGGCCUGGGUGGGGAUAACCAUUUUUUAGGCCUACUGUAUUUCUGGGGGGUGGUGCCCAUCAGUGGCUCAGUGGCACCUGUGCUUCCUCAGCCUGCCACUCUCCCCUGCACUGGGGUUAAGCCCACUGAGAACUCAGCUGGAAGCAGCAGAGGUAAGGAGGGCUGGGAGGGUGGUGUGGUGUGGCAGGUGUGUGGAGUUGGAGGCCCUCCCACAUGCUUUGCUCCGGGGUGGGUCAGAGGAAUGUGAAAGUAGUGAGGGGUACCCCUGCAACACAGACCCCAGGGGCAAGUGGGGUGGGG